GUUCAUCUCAUUGGGUUUCGAGUAUCCAUAGAUAAUAAUUUUAAUUCAUAAUUUCAACAAAUAUGUUAACAAUUAUAUGUUUAUUGAUAUUACAUAAGGGAAAAGUACAACAACAAAUAACUAGUACAAAGAAAAUUAAUUGAAGAGAAUACAUUCUCAUGAACAUGUUAUAUAUUAUAAAAAAUAUCAAAACAUUAUUUAAAUGUUUAUUUCAAUAUAAUUUAUUUCAUAUAUAUUAUGAUUAUUCACAUACUAAUAAAUGUAUCAUUAAUUUAGAGAUGAAGUAAAAUUUCUUCUACGUAAGUUUUCCGUAUUGUAUUUCACUAAUUAACUAGGGACCGGUUACUAUGACAACACCCCUUGUGUUGUUAUUGUAACAACACUAGUCUCCAACCAAUAGGAAGCUAGGGUUGUGAUGACUUUUUAUGAGAUGAGUUGACCUAGUGUAAAAUCAAAGCAGGGGUAUAAUUGUCAUUAUGAGAAAUAUAUUUAAAAAAAUAUUUUUUUUAUUUUUCGGCCCAAAAUUUUGGUCGCCGGAAAUAGGUCGCCGGUCACCGGAAUAUGUUUUUUGUCGCCGGAAUAUGCUCAUCGUGGUCGGAAUAUGCUCACCGGCGUCGGAAUCUAGUCAUCGGGGCCGGAAUAUGCCUAUCGGCGCCGGAAUCCGGUCACUGACGGUCAUCGGAGUUCGGUCAACGGUUUUCGUUGACCGAUCAACGGUCAACGAUCACCGGAUGUUAUGGUUAGCAUUGUGAGAUUUAUGGUUUGGUUUCUCAUAUUUUUUAUGCCUUUUGUGGUUUGCUUUAUCGUGUUUGUGGUUUGCAUUGAGAAGUUUCUGGUUUGCUUUCAAAAACUUUGUGGUUUGCAUUGUGAGGUUUCUGGUUUGUUUUACUAUAUUUGUGGUCUGCAUUAGGACGUUUAUGGUUUGCUUUUUGUGGUUUGAUUUACUGUGUUUGUGAUUUGCAUUAGGAGGUUUCUGGUGUGCUUUCGCAAAUGUUGUGGUUUGCUUUGUGAGGUUUGUGGUUUGUUUUUGGAGAUUUGUGGUAUGCAUUAGGAGGUUUCUGGUUUACAUUAAGAAGUUUAUGGUGUGUUUUCGAAACUUUUGUGGUUUGCUUUGCGAGGUUUCUGGUUUGUUUUAAUAUAUUUGUGGUCUGCAUUAUAACAUUUUUGGUUUGCAUUAGGAGGUUUCUGAUGUGCUUUCGCAAAUGUUGUGGUUUGCUUUGUGAGAUUUGUGGUUUGUUUUAAGAGAUUUGUGGUAUGCAUUAGCAGGUUUCGAAAUAAUAAUUCAAAACAAUAAUUAUAACAAUAAGCACUAUGGAAAGACAAAAGGAGAUUUGUGGUAUGCAAAUCCCAUACCAUACAAACACUCGAGAGUACGAACUGAUAGCGCCACAGUAAAGCUAAUAAUUCAAAGGUUCAAGAGAGAGAGAGAGAGAGAGAAUGGAGAAGAGCAGGUCUUUCCCGCAGUACUCGUCGUCUUUCUCCGGCGAGUUCGGGCCGUUCGACGAUUGGCGGCGGCGAGCCGUGGACCACAACAAGACCUACAGCUUCUUAUCGGCGAAUUCCUCCGUCAUCUCCAGGAAAUGGGAUGCGCAGCGCAGCAUGGCGACGUUGGAGAGAUUGAUGUCGACGUGGAUGCCAUAGCAGAAUUUGGCAGCUGCCUCGAACGCUGCGGCUCCACCGGGGAUGUACGGAAUGCUGAUUCGUGCAAUUUUGGAGUCCUUGCAUUCCAGCAGUAGCUUCCGAAUCCUUCCGCUUCGUGAAACUAGCGGAAACUGCAGCAUCAGAUUGGUGGUUGAGUGUUUUGUGCAUUGAAUUCGGAACUGAGACAAAAUCAAGUGCUUACCUAAGGGCGAAGGUUGAGCCUCCAACCUCGACUGUGAGAUCACUGGAGACAUCCGAAAUUGGCCUGCCAGAGGUCAUCGGCGGGCCGAACAGAGGUCAUCUACGGCCGACCCGGAGGCAAAGAGGAAGAAGCGGAUCGCGGCAAAUGACCCACAAUUCUCUUCCAAACUCAAUCUCGAUUCCACCUCCCUCGGUGCCGGAGUUGAAGCUGUUCGAUGCGACGGUCGACGUAGGAGAAACGAAAUCGAGGGCGAAGCUGAUAGAGGACUUAUCGUCGAGGACGAAGAUACAGGGGAGGACUGGAAGAAGAAGAGGCUGUUCGCCAUGGGAAAGAACUCGUGGGCGGAGCUCGGCGUCGGAAUCGACCGCCAACAAGAAGCUCAAGCGGCGCCUACUACCGCGGCGCCGCCGGUGCUCUAGUCGUCUACGACAUCCCCACAGUCGGCUUCGAUUUCCAGCAACAGCGAGAAGAGAUCGAGAGACGGGGAGGGGGUGGCUGGGGAUUGAAAAUUUAUUUUUUUAAUUUGUUAUUUUGUGUUGUUUACUUUUUUACCCUUAAUGAAUCUUGUUGUUAGUAUAAAAACACUCAUAGUGUUGUUAUACUAUCCGCUCCCACUUAAAUAUGCUCAUGUGUCAGGGAAGAGUUGUGAUUUGUGAACCGAAUCAAAUAGUAACUGUAGGCUGAUUUGGUCUAAAUUAGAUCAUGAAAAUAUAAGAAAUGUUGGCAUUAUAGUGGUAUGGGGUUCUCACUUUCUAGUUUUUCUAGUUUUUACAAAGGGUUAAUAGCAUUUUGUACCACUCUAUUAUUGCCGAUUAACAAACGUACCACUCUAUUAGUUUUUUUGCACGAACAUACCUUUAUAAUAUUAGAACGUAACUAUUGUACUUUUCCAUCCAAUUUUCUGUUAAAGGACCGUUUAAUGGGCUGUAAAAUGACCUUAUUACCUCUCAUUAAAUCCUAAUUUCGAUUUAAUUUUUUUUUUGAAUAAUUAAUUUUUCCUUAAACCAAUUUAAUUAAUAAAUCAAAACCUACAUAUUGUGGAUGCCUCUUCGAUAGCAUACCCACUCUUUCUUCGACCAAACCCCUGAUCUGUACGUCCAAGUCGUCUUCCCGACGAGGGAAUCGAACAGGGACUUCCAGUAUGAACCCGGGAACGCCUUGAGCGCUUCCAUGUUGUGCUGCACGUCGAGCAGGCCGCCGGAUAGGGAAUAGUAGACUAUCACGUCGAGGGAGUAUGACUCGAUGGAGUUGGCACCGGCGUUGAAAGGUACAUACUUGGCAGAUAAAUUGUUGGCUAGUUGUGGGUGGGCGAGGUUGUGACAGCGGGCCUCGUCGCAGAUUCUGCAGCCUUUCGUCGGACUAGUGGCAGUGGAUGUAGUCUUGGAAGGAUCGGAGGAGGAAGAAGAGGAAACGUUGGUUCUGGGUCUGGCUAUUGAGACGAAAUGGGUAGCGGGUUUUGGAGAGUGGAUGCCGGCGGUUGCGGUGGCGGGUAUGUAUGUGGGGGGAUUUGAAGAGGGCGGAUGAAGACUGGUGAAAGUUGGGGGCGAUGGAGAAAUUGGUUUAGGGAUUACUAAUUUUUUUUUUUUUUUUGGUUUAGGGAUUUAAUGAUGGACAAUAAGGUUACUUUACAGCUCCCAUAUAACAGAAAAAUGGAUGGAAGUGUACAAUCCUUACGUUUUAAUAUUAUAAGGGUAUGUUCGUGCAAAAAAAUUAAUAGAGGAGUACAAUUGUUAAUCGACAAUAGUAGAAGGGAACGAAAUGUUAUUAACCCUUUUAUAAAGUAUUGCUUAUUAUAUCUUCAAUACAAUUUGUCUCUUCUAUCAAGUGCUACUUAUGAGUUAUGACAAUCUAGUUGUCGUUGAUAGCACUCAAUAUUUCUGAUGACUUGAUAUCUUGUCAAUAAUAUGAUCUUUUCUGGCAACAUAUUAUCGAUGAUAAUACGAUUUCAUCACAAAUAUCUUUUUUCCUUACAAGCUAGGUAUUCAUAAUCAAUAAAUUUGAUUUUUUUUCCUGAUGAUGACUUAAACUUCGUUUAGUAAUAUUUAAUAUUACUGAAUACCGAGCCAAACAAGAUAGUCGUCACAAAUAAUGACUGUUCGAAUUGCAUCCUAAAAAAAAUGGCUUGUUUUGACGCAAAAUUUCACAAAUAAUGACUGGUCGAAUUGCAUCCUCUAAAUCUCAGUAAAAAUGUGGAUAUUACUGACGACAUAGGUUUUUCGUCAAAAAGUGACUUUCUCUAAUGAGAAUUUAGUGUCGUUAAUAAGUUCUCGUCAUAACUGUCUGUCUUUUUAAUAGUGAUGCAUAAUAUUAUAUCAUCGUAUAAAAUGAUUGUAUACAUAAUAGUAGAAAUAUACUAACCAUAGAGUCUCACUCACCCUUAAUCCUCUUCUUGGUUGGUUGCAAAGUAUCCUUUAUUAUAUAGUAAUGGUGUUUCAUUUUGAGAAACUACUCAAAUAGCAAAAUAACAUUUAUACCAGCAGACCUACCAUGAAAAAGAGUGUUUUGAAGGGCCUAGGAUAGAGUCAGUAACCACCUGUCAGUAGUUAAAUCCGGAGAGUAGAUCUAGGGAUGGAAUUAUCAUAUAUAUAGCUGUCUACACGCGGAAUGAGGAGGGGCAUUUUUGCCCGAUUUUUGAAAUAUGAUUUCUUUCCUAUUUUUCCAGCAUUUAUAUGUUGUCUUUUAAUGGAGGAAAGAGAAAAACAGACUUCUCUCUUCCUUUCUCUCUUCCAAACUCAUUUUUCCAGAUCUAGAUCUCCUUUCUUCUCUUGUUCUUCAUUUUUUUCUCCAACAAUAGACGAAGAAAUUGCAGUCUCCCACCUCAAAUCCGGUGACGCUCCAAAUCCUUCUUCUCUCAAAAUCGACUCAAAAUCGAUGACACUCCAUAUUGUCAAAGAGGGGACAGAUCUAGGUGAGUCGAGUUUGCAUCUUUUGUGUUUUAGUAUUUGUUUGUGAAUUAAUUCCAAUCUUCUUCCUCUUUUUCUUUCUUUUUGCAUUUGGUGUUCUUGAUUGCGGAGGAGUAAAUGAGAGGAGACAGAAGACGAGUUUUUUUUUCUCUUCCUCCUUCUGUUUUCCCUUUUUGAGAAUAUAUAUUGAUAUUACCACAUUAUACCAUAUGGUAAUGUGUGCUAACUAAAUAUAUUUUUAUAGUCACGAGUUUUAUCAUGGUGGUAGUGGGUGGUAAUCGACACCACUUCCGAGAAAGAAGAGUUAGAAGACAAUGAAGGGAGAGAAAGUGAAGAAAGUCGUAAUUGUAUAUAUAUAUUGAGAUUACCACACUAUACUAUAUGAUAAUGUGUCUAUACCAUAUGGUAAUGUGUGGUAACGAAAUGUAUUUUUAUGAAUAUCAUGUUUUUACUAUGGUCGUAGAGGGUUGUAAUUAGAUUUACAUGGUUUUACCUUCUCAUACCAUGUGGUAUUAUAUGGUAAUUAUAAUUAAUAUGUGGUCAUUUGAUUUACCAUGUUCUACUAUGGUGGUAUUGUAUGCUAGUUAGAUUUAUAAUUUUCUGUAGCGUCGUUUACCAAGUUAUUCCAUGUGGUGGUAGUUUGAUUUGUAAUUUUAUUUUAGCAUGUUAUACCAUAUGGUAUGGUAUGAUAAUUAGAUUUGUAAAUUUCUGUAGCAUGUUUUACCACGUUAUACCAUGUGGUAUCGUAUGGUAGUUAGAUUUUUAAAUUCCUUCAACAUAUUUUACCAUGUUUUACCACGUUUUACCAUGUGGUAUUGUAUGGUAGUUAGAAUUGUAAUUUUCUUCAACAUAUUUUACCAUGUUUUACCAUGAUAGUAGAAAGUGAUAAUCAUAUUUAUACUUGUAAUUAGUGUCUUUGACACUGUAUUAUUGAACGAAAAAAUCAUCAUUCAAUUUGAGCUGGAAUUAGUUUAGAGAUAGUCAGGAUGAUUAGAUUCAUUUUUGUUGUAGAUGGGAGAGAGAAGAAAUAAUUUAUUUUUUAAUAAUAAAAUAAAACAAAGAGUGAGAGAGAGGGGAACCAUACAACCAGUGUGGGGUGGGGAAGUGGGAUCAGCGUCACCGUCAUCAUUAAAUAGAGGGUGCAAUUUACCUUAGUGCCCCUCCGUGUUGAAUUUAAAUAAAAGGAAGAGGCUGACAUGUGGGGACGGAUAAUUGGAUUACUGACAGUUACUGAUAGUAAAGAUACUGACCUGAUCUGGUCCCGCUUUGAAGUGAUCUCAUUUAGCACAAAAUAAAGUCUUUUGCUAGAUGUAUUAACCAACAUCAAUUUAUAGAGGUCUAGAGGACCCGUUGCGAACACUAUUUACGUGAAUCUUUAAAGUGUAUUCAUGAAUCACGAGUCACGACACGACAUAAGCUGGUGGGCCGGUGGCCUGAUAGCGAUUGGUGGAAUUUGGAUGCAGCCUUGUUGGUGCAGCACACUAGAAUAUAAUAUAUACAUCAAGAGCAGGGCUCCAAAUGAGCCGAGCUGCUCGCGAGCGGCUUGACGUUCAACUCAAGAAAAGCUCGUUCGAAACUCGGCUCGUUUAUUAACGAGCCGAACACGAGUUAACCUUUGUUCAGCUCGUGAAGCUCGCGAGCUAGCUCGACUCGGUGGCUUGUUGAGCUAAACUCGUGAGCUGACUCGUUUAGAGCUCAUGAUAUGUCUUAACAUGUGGCUAGAGAGCCAACUCUAUUACAAACUUAUGGACGAAUCAAUCUAUAUCUUAUGAUUUUAAUUCAUAUGGUUGUUAAAUUAUAUAUCUCACCAUAUAUAAAGUUUAACAUGUUGAGUAUGUGAUCAAAUAUAUCUUAUUUUCUACUUUAAAAAGAAAUUAUGCAUCAUAGAUUGCUUCGAUACUAUGAAAUAACAUGAUUUGAAGUAGUUAAGAUUUAUUAACUAAAUGAUAUAUGAUACCAACAAAGUAUAAUAUGAGAUUAGCUAACAAAAUAAAUCAUAUGUAUCAUGAUAUACAAAAUGAAGUACCAAAUAAAAGUCAAGAUUUUAAUAAACAAGCUAGCUCGAGCUCGACUCGACUCAGCUCGUUAAUAAACGAGCUAAGCUCGAACUCGACUCGUUUAUUAACGAGCCGAGCUCAAGCUGGGGUAAAACUCGACUCGACUCGGUUCAUUUGCAGCCCUAAUCAAGAGUGGACAAAUGGGAAGGACGCGACACGAUACGUAUUACCGGGAGUCGGUCACCGAACCACCUCCUCUGGCCAACGGGAUUUGUCAGCGCAAUCCUACUGUUUGCUAUUGUCGUAGUACUGGGCGGCAUUCUUUUGACUUUUCAACUGGAAUCUCCACUCUAUUUCGGCAGAGCUAGAAAAUUGAUCAAGGUUGGUAACACAACAAAUCAACUAUAAGUUUAUAAUAAAAAAAAUUCAACUAUAUAAUAGAAAAUUCAGCUAAAUGAAAUAAAGAAUUGAACACAAUGCUCAAGAUUCGGAAAUAUUAUGAAAGCAUUUCUACAACGCAUCCAUUAUCCAAACAAGCACAUAAACUUUGUGCACUAUGUCAUUGUUGCAUCUGAAAAAUCAUUCUUGAUAUAUUUUUAUUUUAUGAAUGAAAAUGAUAUCUCCAUAGAAGCAAGUAAAUAGAUUGAUAGAUGAAAACUCCAUGGGCUCCUGUAGCAUACUAUAGUCCAUAUACAUAUAGUGACAUAUAUUUAUCUAGACGAUGAAUUAAAUUAUGUUUGGAUACUAUACCCUAACCUGUAAUAGAUAAACCCCAGGUCCCGAUUUUUUAAUCUUAAACUCGAAGUUCAAUUUAUAGAGAAAGUAAAGAGUUGACCGUUGAGAUUGGUCGGACCUCAUCGAUGUAAAUCUAACGGCCAGUUUAUUUGGAGCAUACUAUGAUCAUGGAGCAUAGGAAUAUAUAUUUAUAUGGGUUAGACUGGUGUACACUAUAUUUCAGGUACUGCUAGUGAGAUAUCUCUAUCUAAACCUUGGAGUACACUAUACUUCAGGUAUUGCUAGUGAGAUAUCUCUAUCUAGACCAUGAAUUAAACCAUGUUUAGCGUAUGAUACUAUACCCCGGUUCUCUAAACCCAAAUCCGAAGUUCAAUUUAAUAGAAAACAAUAAUUGAUCGUUGAGAUUGGUCGGAACUCAUCGAAAUACAUCUAACGACCAAAUCACCUGGAGUAUACUAUGCUACUGGAGUCAUUCGGUACAAAGACUGUUUUUAUCUUUUCUACUCACUUUUCAAUAAAAAGUUAGUCUAUUUACAAUUAUAGUUAAUAAGGGCUACUGUUAGGGGUACAUGCAAACAUUUUUGGUUUGCUACGUGAAGUUUUGGAUGGUUUCUCGCCUUCUAGUUUGCUUCAUGAGAGUUACGAUGUGGUUGCACAUAUUCGUCCAUGCUAUAUGAAACUUGCGGUAUGCUUUAUGAGGUUUCUAAUAUGCUUCAUGGAACGUGUGGUCUGCUUUAUGAGGGUUCUAAUAUGCUUCACGGGACUUAUGAUCUACUUUAGGGAAUUUUGGUAUACUUUAUGAGGUUUCUAAUGUGUUUUAGUGAACUUGUGUUCUGCUUUAUAAGGUUUUUUAUAUCUUUUUAGCAAACUUGUGGUAUGCUUUAUGAGGUUUCUGGUAUGCUUCAGGAAACUUGUGAUCUGCUUUGAAUUCCUUGUAUGUUUUAAAAAUUUUGUGGUGUAGUGAGGUUCUGGUAGGAUUAUAAGCUUUUUUUUUAUGCUUUAUGUUAUUUGCGUUGUUGUUUGUUGUGUUUCUGGUUUGUGCUUUGUGUUAUGCUUCAUGAUACUUGAGAUGAGUCAAGGGAGGCAAAAUAAAUGAGCAGUGCUACGUGCGUGUUCCUCCUAUAAUUUUAAUAAUGACAAGUGUGCCCCUCCAUUUACAAAACUGCAUCAAUUAUGGUCAACACUUUGGAAUAAAAAAGUUAUUGAAAUGAAAUGUUCCUAUAUGAAGCUAGUGUUAGCACCAUGAUAAUAAUUGGAUAUUAUCACCCUAACCUACAUAAAUGUGAAACACACCGAUGAAGCAGUUUCUAUACUAUUGCUACCUUGCUCGCGAAAGAAAAAGAAAGAGUUGAAGUUGAAGAUGGAGUAGUUUGGAGAACCGAUGUGCGAAUACUAUGGGAGGUGAGCGGUUGUUGAUAGUAGGGCUGCAAACGAGCCGAGCUUGUGAAGCUCGUUGGGACACUUUUUCGUAAUUUGUUGUUUGACUAGUUGUCCUAAUAUUUUUUAAUUUAAAUGGUUGAGUCUCUUUCAUUCGGUGAGCUUGCUUUGGAGGCUCUGAUACCAAAAAUUUCAUGCAAUAAUUUCUGCAAAAAUGUCUCAUUCAUGUAAUGUCUCAUUCAUGUCAAGUCUCAUUCUCUCAUGUCUCAUUCUUUCAUUUUCUUCCAUUUUUGUCAUGAAGUGAUAUGCAAUUUUAUAAAAAUUUUCAUGAUGUGAUAUCAAAAUUUUAGAUUCAACGUUUCCUAUUCUGCUAGGUUUCAUUUUUAAGGUUCAUGAAAUGAUCCAAACCAUUGUGGCCCAAAAAUGUCCUUUUCAAAAUUUUCAUCCGUUCAUUUUCUUUUAUGAGUAUUGGUGCUAUUUUCAAAGUUAUUUUGAUGUACUUGGUUUUAUCUAUUUUCUAGUUUCUGUUUUAUUUUGUUUAAACUAGUUAUUAUAUCGGUAAUUAAUUCAGUUUUAGAUACGGCUUCUUCCAAAGUUUCUGAAUUUCCGAUACACAUUUGUUCUUCUACAAUAUCUGAUACGAAAUGCAAUAAUUCUAAUGUAACUGU